AUGGCCCCCGACUCGUCUCCUAUCCGCAAUGAUUACCUCGAUCCGUCCGUCCCUCUAGUCGACGAGAUCUCCUCUCCUAGUGCCAUCGACAGCUUCAAUGCCGUCCAGCGCGACCCUGACUCCUGGUCUGGUGCCAUGCCCGCUAGUCAAGGUCUCUACUCGAACGAGCUUGAGAAGGACUCGUGCGGUGUCGGCUUCAUCUGUCAUAUCAAGGGCGAGCAAAGCCAUAAAAUCGUUUCCGAUGCCAGGCAGCUCCUGUGUGCCAUGACUCACCGUGGCGCCACUGGCGCGGACAGCCGCGACGGAGAUGGAGCGGGUGUCAUGACCGGCAUCCCGCACCUUUUUUUUAAGCGCGAGGCCGAAAGGGACAUCGGCUGCGCACUCCCUGAACCGGGAGAGUACGCCGUCGGCAACGUCUUCUUCAAACCCAACGACCCUAUCCAGCUCCAGAAGCAGCAGUCUGUCUUUGCUAGAUCCGCGAGCGACCUCGGCCUCAGGGUUCUCGGCUGGCGUGAGGUCCCCACUGACGGCUCCAUCCUGGGCCCCGCUGCGAGUAGCAAGGAACCCGUCAUCCUUCAACCCUUCGUCGUCCUCCGCUCCCACUACGGGGAUGGCAACCAGAGCCAGUCGGGCGUGUUCGACGCAAAGCACUUUGAGCGCCAACUUUACGUUCUCCGCAAGCACGCAACGCAUAGCAUUACGCUUGCCAAGGGCUUCUACGUAUGCUCCCUCUCUUCCAAGAACAUCGUCUACAAGGGACAGCUCUCCCCCCCUCAAGUAUACAAUUACUAUCAUGACCUCAACCACGUCCUGUAUCGUUCUCAUUUCACGUUGGUACAUUCUCGUUUCUCGACGAAUACAUUUCCCAGUUGGGAUCGUGCCCAGCCUAUGAGAUGGGCUGCACACAACGGCGAGAUCAACACCGUUCGCGGCAACAAGAACUGGAUGCGCGCGCGCGAGGGCGUGCUCACGUCGACUUCGUUCGGAGAGCAGCUCGAUCUCCUCUAUCCCAUCAUCGAGGCCGGCGGUUCCGACUCGGCGGCGUUUGACAACGUCUUGGAGUUGCUCGUCGUGAACGGCGUCGUGACUUUACCUGAGGCCGUCAUGAUGCUCAUCCCUGAGGCGUGGCAAGGAAACGCGCAGAUGGAGCCAGAGAAGGCUGCGUUCUACAACUGGGCUGCUUGUCUCCAGGAGCCCUGGGAUGGCCCCGCUCUCUUCGCGUUCUCUGACGGGCGCUACUGCGGUGCCAACCUUGAUCGCAAUGGCCUCCGACCCUGUCGCUUCGUCGUCACGAAUGAGGACAUCAUGGUGUGCGCCUCCGAGGUUGGCGCGCUCUUCAUCUCUCCCGAGAAGGUCGUCCAGAAGGGGCGUUUGAAGCCAGGGCGCAUGCUUCUCGUCGAUACCCUCGAGGGCCGUAUCGUUGAUGACAAGGAGCUCAAGCGCAACACCGCUCGCAAACAGAACUUUGCCUCGUGGGUGGAGACGCACAUGCUCACGGUCCCCAACAUCGUCAAGCGCGUCAAGCGCAGCCAGUCCAUUGAUGCUCGCCCCGACGGCACGUCCCUCAGCACCGACCCUCGCCUUCUUGCCUUCGGUUUCACCGUCGAGCAGCUGAACCUCCUUAUGCUUCCCAUGGUCACCGACGGAAAGGAGGCUCUGGGUUCGAUGGGUAACGAUGCGCCCCUCGCGGCGAUGGCGACGCAGCCUCGUAUCAUCUAUGACUACUUCCGCCAGCUGUUUGCCCAGGUCACCAACCCGCCUAUCGAUCCCAUCCGCGAGAGCAUUGUCAUGUCGCUCGAGUGCUAUGUCGGGCCGGAGGGCAACCUCCUCGAGAUGAAGCCUGAGCAGUGCCAUCGCAUCCUCCUUCCUUCCCCACUCAUCUCUAUCGAAGAGAUGAAUGCGAUGAAGAGUCUUAAGGUUGCAUAUGCGACUUGGCCUUCGAAGACCAUCGACAUCACCUUCCCAAAGGCAGAAGGUCUACCUGGAUACAAGGUUGCGCUCGACCGGGUCUGCAGGGAGGCCACCGAAGCCAUCGACCAGGGCAUCAAAGUCAUCAUCCUCUCCGAUCGAGAGACCGGCCCCUCGCGUAUUCCUCUAUCUGCGCUCGUUGCCUGUGGUGGCGUUCAUCACCAUCUCGUUUUGCAAAAGAAACGUGCGAAGGUCGCGCUCAUGGUCGAGACGGCCGAGGCCAGGGAGGUUCAUCACCUUUGCGUGCUUGUAGGUUACGGAGCAGACGCUGUGUGCCCUUGGCUGAUGAUGGAGAUCGUCCACAAAGUUGCUCGGGAAGGCUUAGUGAAGGACAACAAGACCUUGGGUGACCUCAUGAACAACUAUCGUCACUCUGUCGACAAUGGCAUCCUCAAAGUCAUGUCGAAGAUGGGUAUCUCGACCCUCCAGUCUUACAAGGGUGCCCAGAUUUUCGAGGCACUUGGUCUUCACCACGAGGUCAUCGAACGCUGCUUCAUCGGCACUGCGAGCCGCAUCGAAGGCGCCACUUUCGAUCUUCUCGCCAUGGACGCCUUCGAGCUCCACGAACGCGGCUGGCCAUCCCGUGAGACCAAAAUUCCUCCUGGAAUGCCCGAAUCUGGAGAAUAUCACUGGCGUGACGGCGGCGAGCCUCACAUCAAUGACCCCACCGGCAUCGCGAACCUCCAGGACGCUGUUCACGAGAAGAACCAGAAGGCUUACGACGCGUACGCCGAAAAUGCCAUCAACCAGGGUAAGCGCGUACAGAUCCGCGGCCUGCUCGAUUUCCGCUUCGAGAGUACGACUCCCAUCCCGAUCGACCAAGUCGAGCCCUGGAACGAGAUUGUGCGUCGCUUCGUCACGGGCGCCAUGUCGUAUGGGUCGAUUUCGAUGGAGGCCCACUCGACUCUAGCCAUCGCCAUGAAUCGUCUCGGGGGCAAGUCCAACACGGGUGAGGGAGGCGAAGACGCUGAGAGGUCGCAGGUCCUGAACAACGGGGACACGAUGCGUUCCGCCAUCAAGCAGGUCGCUUCCGGUCGUUUCGGUGUGACGUCGAACUAUCUUGCCGAUUCCGACGAGCUGCAGAUCAAGAUGGCCCAGGGUGCCAAGCCCGGCGAGGGUGGUGAACUUCCAGGACACAAGGUCUCUGGCUCGAUCGCUCGCACUCGUCACUCCACCGCUGGAGUCGGUCUCAUUUCUCCCCCUCCCCAUCACGAUAUCUAUUCCAUCGAGGAUCUGAAGCAACUCAUCUACGACCUUAAGUGCUCCAACCCCCGCGCGCGCGUGUCCGUGAAACUUGUAUCCGAAGUCGGUGUCGGUAUCGUUGCCAGCGGUGUCGCGAAGGCGAAGGCCGACCACAUCCUCAUCUCUGGCCACGACGGCGGUACCGGCGCUUCUCGCUGGACUGGUAUCAAGAACGCCGGCCUGCCUUGGGAGCUGGGGUUGGCGGAGACGCACCAGACGUUGGUCUUGAACGACUUGCGUGGACGAGUGACCGUGCAGACUGAUGGUCAGAUCCGCACCGGCCGUGACAUCGCCAUCGCGUGUCUCCUUGGGGCCGAAGAGUGGGGUUUCGCGACUACGCCGCUCAUCGCCAUGGGUUGUAUCAUGAUGAGGAAGUGCCACCUGAAUACCUGCCCCGUCGGUAUCGCCACGCAGGACCCUCAGCUUCGUGCCAAGUUUGCAGGCCAGCCUGAGCACGUCAUCAACUUCUUCUACUACCUUGCGGAAGAGCUCCGCGGGUACAUGGCGAAGCUUGGCUUCCGGACCAUCAACGAGAUGGUCGGGCGUGCAGAUAUGCUCAAGGUCGACGAGAGCCUCCGUACUCCCAAGACCGCUCACCUCGACCUGUCUGCGAUCCUCAAGCCGGCGUGGCAGAUGCGCCCCGGUGCUCCCACGCACCGCGUCCGUCAACAAGAUCACAAGCUCUACAUCCGUCUCGACAACAAGUUCAUCGACGAGUCGGAGCCCGCACUCACCAAGGGUCUUCCCGUUCACAUCGAAUGCGACGUAACGAACACUGAUCGCGCGCUGGGCACCACCCUGUCCUAUCGCGUGUCGAAGCUCUAUGGCGAAGAGGGUCUCCCGCGUGACACCAUCCACAUCAACAUGAAGGGAUCUGCCGGGCAGUCUUGCGGAGCUUUCCUUGCGCCUGGUAUCACGAUCGAACUUGAGGGCGAUGCUAACGACUACGUCGGAAAGGGUCUCUCUGGAGGUCGGCUCGUUGUCUACCCCCCUCGCCAGUCCACCUUCAAGGCUGAAGAGAACAUCAUCAUCGGCAACGUCUGCUUGUACGGCGCGACGUCCGGUGAAGCUUUCAUUCGUGGUAUUGCGGCGGAGCGCUUCGCUGUGCGCAACUCUGGAGCGAACGCUGUUGUGGAGGGUACCGGCGACCACGGAUGCGAGUACAUGACAGGAGGCAGGGUCGUCGUUCUUGGUACUACGGGACGCAACUUUGCCGCUGGUAUGAGCGGCGGUAUCGCGUAUGUUCUGGACCUUGCCCACACCUUCGCCUCGAAGGUGAACAUGGAGAUGGUUGAGCUUGGGAAGGUCACCGAGCCCCGCGAGAUCGCAGAGCUUCGCAGCCUCAUCGAGGAUCAUCGUCAUUUCACUGGAUCCGAGGUUGCCGACCGCGUCCUGCGCGAUUUCCAUCAUCUUCUGCCCCUCUUCGUCCGUGUCAUGCCCUUCGACUACAAGCGGGUCAUCGAGGAGCAGGCCGCAAAGGCGAAGGAAGAGAAGCUGCGCCACAGCGUCAUCGAUCUCGUGCCCUCGCGGACUGCCAGCCAGGUCGACCUUGCUUCGGAGGUGUUGGAGGACCUCCUCCUGCCAAAGGAGCCCCAGUCUAACGCCUUGAUACAUCACAGCAAGAAGCACGAGCCGUCGGUCGUAGACUUGGAGGACUCGAUGGUCGACGAUGCGUCGACUAAGCAACGCCUGCACAAGCUCGACAAGACUCGCGGCUUCAUGAAGUACAAGCGUCUCGGGGAGGCAUACCGGCCCCCGCGCAAGCGCACCAAGGACUGGAAAGAGAUCUCGACGCGUCUCACGGAGAGCGAGCUCAAGUACCAGUCCGCACGCUGCAUGGACUGCGGCGUGCCCUUCUGCCAGUCGGACACCGGUUGCCCGAUCUCGAACGUUAUCCCCAAAUGGAACGACCUCAUCUUCAAGGGUCAGUGGCAGGACGCGCUGAACCGUCUGCUGUUGACGAACAACUUCCCGGAGUUCACUGGGAGGGUCUGUCCUGCUCCUUGCGAGGGUGCGUGCGUGCUUGGGAUCAACGAGCAGCCCGUUGGCAUCAAGAGCAUCGAGUGUGCCAUCAUUGACAAGGGCUUCGAGAUGGGUUGGAUGGCCCCCAGUCCGCCUACGUUCAGCACCGGCAAGAGUGUGGCCGUCAUCGGCUCUGGCCCGGCUGGAUUGGCCUGCGCUGACCAGCUGAAUAAGGCUGGACACAAGGUCACCGUUUACGACCGCAACGAUCGUAUGGGAGGGCUACUCAUGUACGGCAUUCCUAACAUGAAGCUUGACAAGGCUGUUGUUCAGCGGCGCAUCGACCUCAUGGCGGCGGAAGGUAUCACAUUCGUUCCCAAUGCCCAUGUUGGUGUCGAUGUCGACAUCGAAGACAUCCGUGCUAGCCAUGAUGCCGUCGUUCUGUCCACUGGUGCUACCUGGCCUCGUGAUCUCCGGAUCCCCGGGCGGGACGCCGAUGGCAUCCACUUUGCAAUGGAGUAUCUCCAGUUGAACACGGCCUCGCUCCUGGAUUCAGAGCUUCAGAAUGGAAAUUACAUCAACUCGAAGGGCAAGGAUGUCAUCGUCAUUGGAGGUGGUGACACUGGUAACGACUGCAUCGGUACUUCCAUGCGCCACGGUGCGAAGUCUGUUACGAACUUCGAACUGCUCCCCAAGCCUCCUGUGUCACGCGGAAGAGACAACCCAUGGCCGCAGUGGCCAAGAAUAUUCCGUACGGAUUACGGUCACACCGAAGUCGCCGCACACUUUGGGAACGAUCCUCGCGAGUACUGUAUCUCGACGAAGGAGUUUGUUCUCAAUGAUGAAGGCAAACUUCAAGGCCUCAACACAGUCCGCGUGGAAUGGACCAAGGAUAGCGGAGGGCGUUGGAAGAUGGAGGAAGUCCCUGGGUCCGAGAAGUUCUUCCCGGCUCAGCUAGUGUUCUUGGCCCUUGGUUUCCUAGGACCACAGCCCGACGCCAUCAAGGCUCUCGGUGUCAAACAAGAUGCGCGUUUUAACAUCCAGACACCACACAAGAAAUACUCCACUAACAUCCCUGGCGUCUUCGCUGCUGGUGAUUGUCGUCGCGGUCAAUCGCUUAUUGUCUGGGGCAUCAACGAAGGGCGUGGUGCUGCUGCUGAGGUGGAUGCCUGGCUCAUGGGUGGUACCAGACUUCCCAACGCUGGAGGAAUAAAAACAAGGGCCUUUGUGCCCCCUCCAAGCACGGUUCGCGACGAUCGCCCACAGGCAGUCGCUGUCUCAGCCUGAACACGACUCACAUGGCCACAUGUUCCCUCUCUCUCCAGAUGUCUCUCUAUGGCGACAGGGCUUCUGCACAGCGGCGAUCUCAAUUCACAAUGUAACGAAUGGGCUUCAGGAUGGAUAUGUUGUAUUGUUGGUUAUCCUAUCAUGUGUUCAUACAUCUUACGUCCUUGUAUACGAUCUAGUUCUCGAAUAUAUCAUAUUAUCUGUUCUAUGUUU